GAACAUUUCCCAAAAAAAAAAAAAACCUUAAUUAAUUCGUUCUCUCGUUGAUUUCAAAUAAAAAACACAUAGCUAGCUACUUCUCCUUCCAUUCCAUUUAAGCAUUUUCCACUUGGAUCCAUCAAUGGCAUCCACUGGCCCCACUGAAACAACCCUAGAACAAGCAAAGAUGAUGAACCUCCCAAAUGAGCAGCAAUUAUUAAGUGAUGAUAAUAAUGUUAUGUAUGGUCGAGUUCGGCUGGCAACCGAAGCCGACGUUCCUUUCGUUAACAAACUCAUCCAUAAGAUGGCUGAGUACUACGAUCUCGUUAGCGAAUGUGAAGCUAAUGAAACUUCUCUCCAUACCGCCCUCUUCAAUUCCUCUUCAAAAGAAAACCCAUUUGGUUGUACUGUCAGUGUGUUCCUCCUUGAAGUUUCCCCUACUACUCUCCCUCCCAUCAAUCAAAAUUACCUUAAUAAUAAGGAGAUUAACCCUGAUCCAAUUUACAAGACCAUCAACCUUAAUCACCUCAUCAAUGACCCCGAGGAGUCCCUUUUUUGUACUGAAAAGGGGACAAUUAUAGCGGGCUUUGUCAUCUUCUUCCCAAGCUACUCCACUUUUCUUACCAAACCUGGUAUUCAUAUGGAGGACCUUUUCAUAAGGAAGGGUUAUCGAAGUAUGGGUUUCGGAAAGAUGCUUAUGAAGUCUGUGGCUAAUCUAACGGUUAAGUUAGGGUAUGCAAGAAUCGAGUGGACAGUCGUUACUUGGAAUGUGGAUUCUCAUAAGUUUUAUGAGAAAACAGGAGCUCGUAUUUUGCAAGAUUGGCGUAUUUUUCGACUUGAUGGCGACUCCUUACUAUCUUAUAGUCAGCUUAUUGAUCAAAUUCCUAAUGCUGUUGAGGAAUUGCCCAACAAAAUUAAUUAAUGCUAUUUCAUCCAGGCCGAUGAUCGUUCGAUCGACUGUUUUCAAUUUCUUUGCAGUUUGCAUGCAUGUCGUUGUGUUAUAAUAAUAUUAUGAAUAAGGUGCGAUCUAACCUUUGAAUUUAAUUCAAGGAAAUUAUCGCGCGUCGUUGCUAGUUCCAUUCGUGUGUUUUUAAAUCCUUUUUAUUCAUGUUUUAAGCAAGCUAGGUAUACUAGCAUUUUAUGCAUGUACGUUAUAAUUUAAUUACGUUGAAGAAGUUGCUUUUUGCAUGCAUGCAAACUUUUAUUUUGUGUCA